CAGUCAUCAGAUUUAUUACCUACUCUCUUACAAAAUAAUCUUUACACAUAUAUCUAUUAUAAAAUUAACUUUCUGUAUUUUAUGUCCCUUCCUUUCUUGAAUAUUAAAAAAAAAAGACUAAACAAUUGUUAAUUAAAGAAAAGAAAAGAAAAGAAAACCCAAUAGUGUUUUAUUAGUUAUGACAAGGACCCAGGAACUAGCGAAUUAAUAAUACAGAUGUGUAAGAAAAACCCAAACCAAAAAGCACUCACACACACUGUGCAGUCUCAGUGUUUCACUCUCUCAUUUCUCCAUUCUCUGUUUCUAUUUCACACUCACAACUACUAUAAGAGCCCAAAAGCAAGGCGCCAUCAUCCCCAUUCCUCACAACCACCGCAGAAAGCGCGCCACGCCAUACCUCGGGAAUCCACCGAGGGGUUUCUUGUUCUUUGUCUUUCUGGGUUGUGGGUCUGAGCGACCCAAUUGUUAUAGAUGGGUUGUGCGGCCUCGAAGCUCGACAAUGAAGAUACGGUGAGGCGGUGUAAGGACCGGCGCCGCCUCAUGAAAGAAGCAGUCCACGCUCGCCACCACUUGGCUGCUGCUCACGCCGACUACUGCCGCUCCCUCCGCGUCACCGGCUCCGCACUCACUUCCUUCGCCUCCUAUGAACCUCUGGCCGUCUCUGACCAGACCCCCGCUGUCUUCCUCCACCCUCCGCCGCAGCUGUACCAGAAACAUCCGCCGCCUCCCUCCGAAAAACCCAUCUCCCCACGUGUUCUGUCUCCCUCCCCGUCGCUCCACCAACCUCCUCCUCCGCCAUUUUCUCCGUUUCCGGUUCAUUCUCCCACUAUAGCCAGCUCAAAGCUACCCCACAUACUUUCUUCUUCGUCUCUCGCCUCUUCGGUUCCUCCUUCCCGGAGCCACAACCUCCAGCGCCGCCGUAAACAGCAACAGCCGAAGCUUCCCCACAUUCUCUCGGAAUCGAGUCCGUCGUCUUCCCCUCAGAGCCAGAAGUCCAAUUUUACUACUGGGUUUCCCACUGCUUUCCAGGCCAACUCGACCUAUACCAGUACUCCAUCUCAGGCAUCAUCGAUUUGGAACUGGGAAAACUUUUACCCUCCUUCACCGCCCGAUUCCGAAUUUUUCAAUCAGCGCAGGACCGAGACGAAGCAGUUCCCACAGGAGAAGCAAUCUAAUCACGACGACGACGAUGAAGGUGACUCCGAAAUAGAAAUGGAAACGGAGACAGAGACCGAAAGAUCGGAGUACGAUUUUUUCCAUCCGAAGGUUCAAGAAGAUCACCUUCAUCACCAGAAGCACGAUUUUACCGAGACAGAGAGGGAAGAGGUCCAGUGCAGCGAGUGGGGCGACCAUUACAGCACAACAAGCUCGUCUGAGGAUGAAGAUGACGAUAGGGAUUCGAGAUCCGAGAUGGGUGUGCACUCGAAUUUUGGAUCGUCGACUCGGGCGGAAUCGGUGAGUGCUGCAACUGCACCUGUUCAGCCUCCACAGCCACCCAAGUACGCGGCCAGUACCAGCAAGUCCGAGAGGAGGACGGAGAACUCGUCAGCCAACUACGGGGAGAUUUCGGACAUGAAAAUGGUUGUGAGGCACAAGGAUCUUAAGGAAAUCGUGGAGGCUAUUAAAGAGAAUUUUGAAAAAGCCGCGGCUGCCGGAGACCAGGUCUCGGAAAUGCUGGAGACUGGGAGGGCUCAGCUUGAUCGGAGCUUUAAGCAGCUUAAAAAGACCGUUUAUCACUCGAGCAGUGUACUUAGUACGUUGAGCUCUAGCUGGACCUCAAAACCGCCCCUGGCUGUUAGGUACAGGCUCGACGCCACUUCACUCGAACAGCAGGGCGGUCCAAAGAGCCUUUGCUCCACUUUGGACCGCCUCUUGGCUUGGGAAAAGAAGCUUUACGAGGAAGUGAAGGCAAGAGAAACUGUCAAGAUAGAACAUGAAAAGAAGUUGUCACUGCUACAAAGUCAAGAGUACAAAGGAGAAGAUGAAAUUAAGCUAGACAAGACCAAAACUUCCUUAAAGAAGCUGCAAUCACUCAUUAUAGUCACCUCUCAGGCCGUUUCUACAACCUCAACUGCCAUCAUUGGUCUCAGAGACACUGACCUAGUUCCUCAGCUCGUUGAACUCUGUCACGGGUUUAUGUAUAUGUGGAGAUCAAUGCACCAGUACCAUGAAAUUCAAAAUAAUAUUGUGCAACAAGUUCGUGGUCUUGUGAACAGAACGUCAAAGGGUGAAUCAACUUCUGAGCUACACCGGCAGGCAACUCGUGACCUUGAAUCAGCUGUCUCUUCAUGGCAUUCCAGUUUUUGCCGCUUGAUAAAGUUCCAACGGGACUUUGUUAGGUCACUGCAUGGAUGGUUCAAGCUCACUCUUACUCCUGUUGACAAUGACAAUGUCAAUGGCAACAGAGAGCCCUCCGAUGUGUAUGUCUUUUGUGAUGAGUGGAAGCUUGCACUUGAUCGUGUUCCAGACACAGUGGCAUCUGAGGCCAUCAAGAGCUUUAUCAAUGUUGUCCAUGUGAUAUCUGCUAAGCAAAGUGAAGAGCUUAAGGUAAAAAAGCGCACUGAAAGUGCAUCAAAGGAGCUCGAGAAGAAGGCAUCAUCUAUCCGAAACUUAGAGAGGAAAUUCUACCAGUCGUACUCCAUGGUUGGUAUUGGGAUGCCCGAAUCUGGGUCUGGGGCAGAAGGCGGAUUAGCCUUGGAUGCUCGGGACCCGCUCGCUGAGAAAAAGACAGAACUUGCAGCUUGCCAGAGACGAGUGCAAGAUGAAAUGAUGAGGCAUUCCAAGGCAGCUGAGGUAACAAGGGCCAUGACGCUAAACAAUCUUCAAACGGGUUUGCCAGGAGUGUUUCAAGCAUUGACUAGCUUUUCUUCCUUAUUUACAGAGGCACUUGAGUCUGUUUGUACUCGAUCCUAUUCAAUCAAAUAGGUUAAAAGUACAUAAUUUUUUUGCCCACUUAUAUUUUUGAAGCAAGUUAAUAUCUCUUAAGAACUGAGAUUAUUUUUUCUAUUUUUUUUUUAAAAUUUGGUGGGUAACAUCAAAUAGGCCCUUUGCUUUCGAGGGAGUUUAACUUUUGUCAAUUUGUAAAUAUCUGGAUUACUUUUGUGAUUUCGCAGUCCAUUCGAUUGGGAAAACAAAAUUUUAUGUAUAGGGAAAUCGCUUUACAUUGUUGUA